GUUAGCAAGCGCCACGGAGCGGGACUCUUGAAAUUAUUAACAGUUUGCCAGACUUUAUGUGGGUAUUUCAGCUACAAACAGUCAGACAGAAAUAAAUAUGGGAUUAGUUCAAAAGAUGCUUAGCCAAAACAAUACAGUAAUGGGACUAUUUUUGCUUCAAACUAACGUUUAAGAAUGAAUUAUCGCGACGAAACUGAACUCUUAGAUCGUCGUCUAAUAAUCUCUUAGUAUUUUGGACGCCAACUAGAUAAGGGACGAAGAACAGCAACUGCAAAGUGGGCACUAUGCCUCCUAAGAAACAGCAGCCGAGGCCGACAGCAGCCAACGUCUCCAGCUCAUUGGACCUGGAGUCCGAGGACCUCAGCCUGGAGACAACAGUGCCUACCACCGAGGAUGUGUCUUCGUCCGACGAGCAACGCAACGGCUCCCAGAAGGUGACCCGUCAGCUGAUAGAGAGGAAGGAGCUGCUGCACACCCUCCAGCUGCUGAAAAUAGAGCUUUCUCAAAAGAACCUCAUCAUAGACAACAUGAAGGCUGACCACAUGUCAAAGGUUGAGGAACUGGAGGAAAAGCUAAACGACGCCAUACAUCAAAAACAAGUGUUGUCCCUUAAACUGGACAGCCAGCUUAAGGUUGCACAAGAAGAAAACAAGAAGCAGCAGGCUCUGCGUAAGCAGGAGAUGGAGACCAUCCUGCUGAGGCAGCAGCAGCUGGAGGAGACAAACCGCCAGCUGUGUGAGAAGGCCGGAGAGCUGCGGCGGUCUCUGCGAGAUCUGGACAUUCCCCAGGACCGCUACCAGGAGCUCCGCGGUGUGCCCGAUGACAAAAUCAGCAUCCAGGAAUACGUAGCUAUGCGUUUCUAUGAGGCUGUGACUCCUCUCCGCUCUCAACUGGCUCAGCUCGGUGAGCAGAGGAGCUACCUGGCCGAGGAGCUGGACGUACACAGAAACAAGAUGAAGCUUUUGAUGGAGAGCUACGAGGAAGAGCGCCGGCUGCGCGCCGAGCUGGAGCUGAGGAGCCAGAGGCUGACCUUAGAGCUGGCCGACACCAAACAGAACAUCCAUCAGGGCGACUAUCGCAGAGAGAACUACCCAAAUAUCAAGCGGGAGCGCGAUAACUUUGAAACGGAGCUGAAGGAGUUGAAGAGGAAGUUUGAGACGGUGGACUUGUCUCACGCUGCACUGACCAGAGAACGGGACACACUGAGCAACGAGGUGGCGACAUUGCAGCAGUCAGUGAAUCUCCUGCAGAAGGACAAGGAGUACCUGAACAGGCAAAACAUGGAGCUCAGCAUCCGCUGUGCGCACCAAGAAGAUCGCGUAGACAGACUGCAGGUACAACUGGAAGAUGCGAAGAAAGCCAGGGAGAACACGUAUGAAAAAUAUGUAGCAUCCAGGGACUACUAUAAGUCAGAGUACGAGAACAAGCUCAGAGAGGAGUUGGAGAACAUCAGACUGAAAACCAGUCAGGAGAUCGAGAACCUGCAGAGAACCUCCAGAGAACUGUAUGAGAGGGAGAACAGGAAUUUGCGCGAAGCCAGAGACAAUGCAGUCCUGGAGAAAGACCGAACCGCCGCCGCCGAGAAGGACGCUCAGGCGAGAUACGACCAGCUGCUGGAGCAGUUUCGUCAGCUCCAGCUGGGCACUGACAGCCGGGUGGCGGAGCUGUCCAGCCAGGCCAAGCUGCACUCCUUCGAAGCCGAGCGCGCUCACUUGCUCAAGGAGGAGACGGCGAAGGCGCUAGCUCAGUGCCAGGUGGAGUGUGAGAAACAGCAGAAGAAGCUUGAGUUAUUGACUCAGGAGUUUUACAGGCUCCAAACAUCGUCUGAGAAGCGGGUGGCGGAGCUUCAAGCCCAGAAUGCCGAGCAGGCGUCCCGACUGGAGACGUACGAGAAGCUGGAGCAAGAGUUGGACCAGGUCACCAUGCAGGCGGCUGAAAUUGAGAAUGAGGAGGAGGCAGAGAGAGUUCUGUUCUCAUACGGAUACGGCGCAAAUGUUCCCACAACGGCCAAAAGAAGACUGAAGCAAAGCGUUCAUCUGGCUCGCCGUGUGCUGCAGCUCGAGAGGCAGAACACCUCACUGAGGAGGGACCUGGACAGACACCAGAACCAGACAGGACAGAUGUCUCAGGAGCUGUCCGCGGCCAACCAGCUGCUGCAGCAGACUCAGCAGCCGUACAGCUUCCUGAUUGAGACGGUGAGAGAAAAGGAUGCGGCGAUCAGCGCGCUGAGGGAGCGCGUCUCCUCUCUCGAGGACGACGUCAGUUCUUUGAGGAAAGAGCGAAAUGCUUUGCAGCAAGUGAAGAAUGACAUUUUGGCCGACCUGGAGCGACUUCUCAACAAUAGAGAGGAGUUGGCAAUAAUGAAGCAGGCCCUGAUCAGCAUGCGGUCCAGGCAGAGAGUGGACCCAGACCUGUUUGGAGCCGGUAACGGCGCUACGAAGGCCUCUGGAACAGCACAGCAGAAGUCCAAACGUGUUGGCGGGACCGACGAUGAGGAACCGUCAGACAAGCCCAAACCUACUGUUUUUACCAAAAGAGAAGUUCCUGAUUGGUACCAAAGGCCAAAGCAGAAACACAAAUAAGAAUUCACACAAUGGAACUCACUCAGGAUUUAAACAACUGUACAUUUCAGUACUCUAAAUCUGUUUUUUCUUGUAAAUUGUGUUACUUUUUAACAACUUUUCAAAUACAAAACUAGAACCAA